AUGGCUGAAGAUGUCCCUAAGGAGUGUACACCACCACCAAGCAGUCGGAUUUACUACUUACCCCACCAUGCUGUACUGAGGGAGGAUAAGGUGAGAACGAAAUUGCGAGUUGUCUUUGAUGCUUCAUCCCACGAAGAUGGCAGUCCCUCACUAAAUGACUGUCUCUUAACAGGUCCCAAUUUGAAUCCAGAUCUGAUGAGUGUUUUGAUCAAGUUUAGACUGCAUGAAAUUGCAUACAUGGCAGACAUUAAGAAGGCAUUUUUACAGAUUUCACUCUCAGAAGUAGACAGGGACUCUGUAAGAUUUCUGUGGUUCACAGGCCCACCAACGGAGGAUAAUCUGCGUGUCCUCAGGAUGACAAGAGUGGUGUUUGGAGCUUCAUCCAGCCCAUUUUUACUGGCUGCCACCAUUAGGAAGCACCUGAGACAAUAUGAGGGUAAACACCCAGAAGUGAUAGACAUUGUCCGUUCCUCACUUUAUGUGGAUGACUUUAUCUCAAGUGCAAAGGAGGUGGCAGAAGCUCAGGCAGUGACAACAACAGUCAAAAAUAUUAUGUCUGCGGCAGGCAUGGAGCUGUGUAAAUGGAUGACGAACUCUCCUGAGCUUAGAGAAAAAUGGCAGGAGAUCUCGUUGGAUUGCACUGCACAGCCAGAAACACACGGGUCGGUCCUGAAGGUUCUAGGCCUGGUGUGGAGACCUGCCACUGAUGAUUUUGUGUUCGACCUCAGAGGGCUGCUUGACAAUCUGAAGGUGAGAGAAAACACUAAAAGAAGUGUUCUGCAGUCUUCCGCUCGCAUUUUUGACCCUCUUGGAUUCUUGACCCCUUUCACAAUCAGGAUAAAAUGUUUAUUCCAAGAGAUGUGGGAGAGGGGACUCAGAUGGGAUGAGGAGCUGCCGCCCGAUUUGACUAAGAAGUGGCAACAGUGGUGUUCGGAGCUCCCCCAACUGCACCAGCUGUCAAUCCCACGUUGGUAUAGAACACACACACAACAGCCAAAUGGUCAGGAUCUAAAGCUGCAUGUGUUUUGUGAUGCAAGUGAAAGGGCUUACAGUGCAGUUGCUUAUCUUCAGGGAGAAACGAGUGACGGAAAAGUGACCACAAGCCUCGUUGCAUCCAAGUCCAGAGUGGCUCCACUGAAAAGAAUGACGUUGCCACGGCUGGAGCUGAUGGGAGCUGUAAUAGCAGCCAGGCUGGGGAGCACCCUCAAGGAAACACUGCGGCUUGACAAGGCCCAGGUGAGACUAUGGACAGACUCAAUGAUAGUGCUACACUGGAUUCGCAGUUCUGCUCACAAGUGGAAACAGUUUGUAGCAAAUCGAGUGACAGAAAUUCAGACUCUAACAGAUCCACAGUCAUGGUCUCACUGUAAGGGAAAAACAAAUCCAGCUGACCUUCCCACUAGAGGUCUAACAGUACAGGACUUGAAGCAGAGCACACUGUGGUGGAAUGGUCCUUGUGCUUUGAUAUCACCUGAUCAGUUAGAGAGCAGUCAGGAAGACAUUCAGGAAGAUGAGGUAAAGUCUGAGCUGAGAUCCAAAUAUCAGCUUGUUGUACAGCUUGUUAAUCAAGACACAAACUUCUUAAAACCUCCUUUGUGUCUAGAGAAGUACAGUAGACUGAAAACCGUGCUCCGAGUGACGGCUUGGAUGAAAAGGUUUAUCGCUAACGCCCGCUCAACUACAAAAAUGAGUGGUGAACUGACAGCAGAAGAGCUGCAUGAAGCAGGAAAAUAUUGGAUAAAGGUUAUUCAGAACCAGAGUUUCAGCUCCGAAAUUCAAUCGCUCAAAACAGGAAAAUGCACACAGGCAGACUCCAGAAUCCGACAGCUGAAACCCUUUCUGGACCAAGAUGAGCUGCUCAGUGUAGGAGGAAGGCUCCAGCAUUCCGACUUCUCUUACAGAGAAAAACACCCAUGGAUUUUGCCCAGCGAUCACAGAUAUACCGAAAUGCUGGUACAUUAUCAACAUGAGAAGGUAAUGCAUGCAGGGGUGCGAGACACUUUAGUGCAAACGAGAGAACAGUUUUGGAUUUUGAGAGCACGGCAAGUAGUUAAGAAGGUGGUGUCAAGAUGUGUAUUUUGCAAAAGGUUCAAAGCAAAGGCUGGGCAACAGACAACAGCACCGCUGCCCAAGGACAGAAUAACUGAGUCACCACCAUUUGAGAUCACAGGUGUGGACUUCGCAGGGCCACUCUAUGUGAAGACACAGAACUCCAUGACCAAGGCGUACAUAGCGCUGUUCACUUGCGCUGUAACCAGAGCUGUGCAUUUAGAACUGGUCUCAGACUUAUCAACAGAGAACUUUCUGCUGGCACUGAAAAGGUUUGUCUCAAGAAGAGGAUUAUGCAAGGUGAUCUAUUCAGAUAAUGCCAAAACAUUCAAGAGAGCUGAUCAGGAUCUGAAGGAACUCUGGAAAGGCAUCAAAGAUCCACAGCUACAAGAAUUUUUCUCAGAGAAGGGCAUCACCUGGCGGUUCAUCGCUGAAAGAGCAGCCUGGUGGGGGGGAUUCUGGGAAAGGCUUGUAAGGUCAGUCAAAGUAAUUCUUAGGAAGGUGCUUGGCAGAGCUAAACUUGGCUUUGAAGAAGUGUGCACCAUUCUAGCUGAAGCUGAAGCCAUAAUAAACUCGAGGCCACUCACUUACGUGCACAAUGACGUGGAUGAACCACAGCCGCUGACACCUUCUCACUUCUUGGUGGGUCAGAGACUGACUUGUUUACCCCCAAAGCCAUUUCCAGCUGAAACAAUCCAUCCAACAGCAAAUAAGGAGGAGAUGACACGGAGGUGGCGCUACAGGCAGAGACUUAUGACCAACUUCUGGAACAGAUGGCGAAGAGAAUAUUUACUGGACUUGAAGUCAGCCCAUCGCUGCGACUCCCAGCAGCCCUCUCUGCUGAAGGUGGGAGACGUUGUGCUAAUCGGAGAGGAUAAUCUACCAAGACAGAGCUGGAAAAUGGGGCGAAUUCAAGAACUCUUCCCAGGACGUGAUGGUCUUGUCAGGUCAUGUGCUGUUCGAACAUGUUCAGGCGCCCUUCUGCGGAGACCAGUUCAGUUACUGUAUUCUUUGGAAAUUUAG